UCUCCAUCUUUGCUCAAGUCUCUUGAAAACUUUGUAGCUGAAAGUUUAAAGAUCCAUAUUAAAUAUUUGAUUGCAGUUCGUAAUCAAGAAAAGCCAUCCUAUAACGAAAAUGUCUUGGCAAGGAUUAAGACACUUGAUCAACUCACUAUUCAUUUAAAUAUUCCAUCAGCAAGUCGACGCAAUUAUGCAAAUGAAUUAGAUCUUAAUCAAGCUAAUACAGAAUUAUCUUCAGAUAAUGAAUA